AUGACGACAGUUUUGAUUGGUGACGACAGUUUGGAAGUCGCCCACGUUGAAGACGAUCGCGCACAGGUUUCUUGGAAACUAAUAUUCAAUUAAUCUCAUGACGUGUUCAAGGGGGAGGCCGCGAUUGUCGACGUCGACGAUCGUGAAGAAUAUUUCGUCAAGCCGCUUUAUACUUACUAUUGUACUUGUGGAGAGGUAAGCUCUAUUCCUGCAAACUGCAAAACUAUAUUUCCAAAUAUUUUGCAAAAGAGAGUUAUUUUUGUUCCUCAAAGCGUUAUCUGACACUCGCAGGGAAAUCCUCGAAACUUAGAAACAAAUAUUUCUAAGAGAAUUUUUUUUUUUGAUUACUUUUGGUCUUCGAGCUCUCAUAUCUAAAAAAUUUUAUGUUUUUUAAAAAUUUUUCUGGGUUCUAGUGCGUUCCGCGCAAGAUGGUCAUGUUUCGAAAGUACAGCAGAAAAAAAGUUACUGUAAACCCACCUUUUUUGCAUCUUUGCUGCAAAAAACUGUAAAAAAGGAAUGGAAAUUUAAGGUCUUGAAGAAAAAGGGGGUCAAAUUUAAUCAAAUUUGGUACGUGAUCUUCUUGGCGUUUAAAAAAUAGAACAAGCUUGCGCGGAACAGGCUAUAGGCAAUUUAAUUUUAAAAGUCUAUCAUAACUGACAAAAUAUUUCUCUUCAAAGUUCUCAACUGUAAUAUACCAAAGAACAGUUUUUACAAAAAUAUUUUGAACUCACAAAGUCAGAAUCCUCUUCUAUCAGAUAAAUGUUUCAGAUGGCUAUCAUCAGCGACACACUUUUAAACCGUAUGCCUUUGCGACGACGGGACGGCGCCAGAGUCAUCGAUCCUGAAAGAACAACAGCCAAGACGUUCGCCAAGGCCGGAGAAACCGUCUACAUCAAACGGUACUUUCAACUAUAAAUUAACGUUUCCAAUCUUAUGUCGCAGAGAGCUCGGUCUUGAGCAGCAGUACCGUAAGAUUUGCAAAAAGUGCGCAGUUCCUCUUUUCUACCAACAUCCCGCCAAUCUUGCUCGAACUUUCAUUUUUGACGGCGCCGUUUUAUCGGCCAAGGAGGUCGGCGGGUUCAGUGGGAACAAUGAAGAACAACGGGCAAAAAAGGUUGGAAUUUUCAAAAUGUUCUAUAAAUAAUCUCCAUUUUAGAUCGUCAUGAAAAGGAACGUCAAGAACCAAGGAAAAGUUGGUUCGGUCACAGUUUCGACGAUGGAGGGCGAAGAGGAGGAUGAGAUCGAAGCGGUUUGUUUUGUUUUUGAAUUAUUUCAGAGGAUUAUAUUUGUAAAAACACUGGGAGCCUUUUUUCUUUUGAAAUAAGUUUCGAGUAGAGGGGAGUUUUCAUAGAGAUCGAAAAACUUAGAAUUUGAGUUUCUGAGGUUUUCUCGCGGAAAGUUAAAAGAAGAGCUUUUUUUUAGAAGACGGAAUGGGCAGACCUUUUUUAGAGGGCUGUCAUCAUCUCGUUUCAAGUCUUUCUAAAGUAAAGUCAUUACUCACUUUCGAAGAAAAGCUUUAUUUACCUUUAUUCAUGUCAACAGCAAAUCACUUAACUUGAUUUGGAUCCUUUUUUUUCAAAAUGUUUUUUAUCCUCCUUCUGGAUCAUUGACUUCUCUACUUGCCCACUUAUAGUUAGAACAAAGAAAAAAACCCUUUUUUUCAUACAAUUUUUUCAUCAAAAUUGGGAUUUUCAGCGUGAAACGGCAGAGUCUUAUACGAUGAACGCGAGGAUCGUCCACGACACCCUCAAAAGAAAAGGAAUGCUCCACAAAAAGUUCACCAACACGGGUACGUCACAGGGCGACGAUCCGACCGCGAAAAAGAAGCGAGGAACUCUGCUUUAG